ACAGGAUUUACUCAAACAACUACGGGGUAUACUCAAACAACUACAGGGUAUACUCAAACAACUCCAGGAUAUACUCAAACAACUGCUUAUCCUCAAACAACCUAUACAGCUGAUAAUGGGACUACUGCAGACUUUAUAGAACAGUUUGUGUCUACAGCCCCAAAUUUGGAAUAUCUUGUUUUAAUUCCAUUACCUCUAUUUAUAUUGUUUGCCUAUCUUCGCAGUAUUAGGAACAUGGGCAUUGUCAGUGCAGUAGCCAAUCUUUCAACCUUCGUGGCAUACUUCUCAGUUCUCUACUAUCUUAUAGAAGGCUUCAGCAUCCAUCCUACUGUGCAGUGGUGGAAAUGGAGCACUUUUCCAAUCUUCUUUGGUCAGGUUACCACAAACUAUGAGGGUAUUGGAACAAUCAUUCCUAUUGAAGCCAGUAUGGAUGGCAACAGACAUAACUAUCCUAGAUUCCUACAUGGCUCUAUCCUUAUACUAGGGGUCAUGUUUGCCUCCUUUGGCAUACUGGGCUAUGGCAAAUAUGGAGACGGUGUUGGUCAAAUAAUCACAGCCAAUCUUCCUCAGGGUACAGUUGUCAUGGUAGCAGUCCAGAUAUUCUUGAUGAUUGGAGUAAUCUGUACAUUCCCACUUCAGUUCUUUCCCAUUGCGGAGAUAUUGGAGGGGUACAUUUUUGCUGAAGGAAAGUGCUGUGGUCCAAGAAGAAAUGCAAACAUACGAGCUGUCAAAGAGGAAGAAAGGGUUUCACUUCUUGAGGCAUCUGACGAGUCUUUGGAUGAGCUUGUACCUGUAGCUAUAGCCAUACCAGAAUCUGUGUCUUGGUGUAAGAGGUAUACAUUCAGAACAUUUGUUGUCUUAGCAGCUGCAGGAUGUGCAGUUCUACUGAGAAACUUCUUCUCAUAUGUUCUUUCAUUUGUUGGUGCCGCUGGAAGUGCUGCACUGGCAUACAUUCUACCUUGCUUCUUCCACAUAAGACUUGGCAAAGGCACAAUAUCAUGGCCUAUAUUUAUCAAAGACGUCCUUAUCAUCGCAUUUGGAGUCCUUGGAGGAGUUGUUGGGAUCGUUGUGACGAUACAAAAAAUUAUUGAAGAAGUCAUCGAAGAACAAUAAUUCAGAAUAAUUACUGUGAACAGCAAUGCCGACAAUCACUUUGUUUGAUGAUUUAAAGAACGGAAGGAGUUUACAUAGCCUUGUUAAUAAUCAAAGAUUCAAGAAAAUAAAUGUGGAUGAAUUUCUGAACGAACAGGAAAAUUCAGCCACAGCCAAGAAAAACUGAAAGAAUAUUUGCAGAUGAAAUUUUCUGAACUCAGAACAGUGUGAACAAUAAUGAGUGUAAGGGAUAAAAAGAUCAUCCUUUAGUCGAUUUAGGAUAUUGGAAUUAUCCCUUGGUCAUUAUAAUUAAUCCAUCCCAAGGGUAGUAGGUCCCAAUAUCCUGAAUCUCAUGUUAGAUAAUCUAUAUUUAUGACACAUUUUGUCCAGGAAGG